AUGAUUCUUGUUAUUAACACAUGCUAUGCUUUAUACAAUCUGUGCAUUGAUAAUAGUGCCAGUAUAGCAAUGAAUGCAGAAGAAGAAGCAGAGAUAUGUGUCUACCUUGAAAGUGAUACAAAUGGCAGAGCCGAACUUUCUGUACAUUCUCUUUCAGUAGAUCAGUUUUCAACAGCAAGGAGUUUCAAUGCUCGUUUGAGACAUUUUAAAGAGCAGAGAAUAAUUAAACGAAAUGAAGUCAUGAAUAGCUUUGUGUGCUUAAGUAAUCUUUAUCCCGAUGAGUCAUCUUCCAGGAGUAUUGUUCUUCAGGAAAGAUUUGGAAAGACCAAUUGA